CUGUGCUUUCCUUCUUCCCUCUCUCUCGCUCUCACUCUGAACCUCUCUCUCUCUUUCCAUGAUUGUGCGGAUACUUCGGGCGUCUUUUUGCUAACAAUUGCUACUGUCCCUUUUGAUCGGGUGUUGCGGCUAUACUCUAUCUCGUCUUACUGCUGCCAUCCCCCAAACAUGUCUUCGUCAUCCAAUGCUAUUGCUAUCCCCCGGCGCAAGGGCAAGCACCCUGCUGCGUCCCGGCACUCGAUCGACUCAUCCUCGUCCUCGAGUGCUUCCACGCCCAGCACGCCCAGCUACGCUUCUCAUUCUCGCAACUACCAGUUUACCCCGACUGAGAACCGCUUCUCCUAUGGCUCCUACGGCAGCUCCGCUUCGUCGUCGCCGUCCAACAGCCCGCAGUCGGCGAGCAGCAUGAGGCGAAGAGAGAGUCUGAUGAGUGCGACAUUCUCCAAGGCAGAGCAUACGGUGAUUAAUGUUGGUGAGGAGGAAUGUCCUCGUCUGAUUACCUGUGUGAAGGCUAGCCAGGGAUUUGAUUGGAAUCAGGAAAUCUUCCUUCCGUCCUACGCCGAUUACCACUUUGAUGACCUCGAGUGUCGCCAGGAUCCUGUCCAGGACAUUAUACUCACGGACGAGGAGGUCAAGAACAUGUUUCCGUCAUAAGCAUGCUCUCAGCUCUCAGCUGCACGGUAACUCGCAAGGCUGUGACAACGACACAUACUGAGGUCUGGAGUUGAAUAGUGAUGACGAUAAUCGGGUGGACUUGGUACAUAUAUGUUCUGGCAUUAUUUUGUUUGACAAUGCGUUAUUGGGAUUACGUUGACAUGGGACUGGAAUGGCGUUUGGCACUGUUGUAGGCGCUGGGGGGGUGCAUACUACAUGAGGGAUUGGGUCACGGUGUUACAGGAUGCUUCACUCGUUGUCAAUGAGACAUUUUUUAACUUAAAGAAUAUAAAUAAAAAUUUAUAAAUC